CAACAACAACAACAACAACAACAACAACAACAACAACAACAACAACAACAACAACAAAACACCCCUGUAAAGAAGGCUACCUUCCCUAACCUGAGAAAAUGUUGUUGAUCAGACUACUGGCUAUCUUCCUCGUCCUCAUUACUAACACGUGGCUGCUCAACCCGGUUCGCUCCGAUGCACUUAGCCGGUACAAACGCGCCAUGGCCCGGCGGGCAGACCGUGAGCUCUCCAGGCUAGCAGGUGAACCCUGCACCGUCUCCGGCGUCUGGAGGUCCCGACGGCAGCCCCGCUCUCUCUCACCGUCCCAACACCGCCCUCCAGCGGCCCGUCCGAGGACGCACACGAGCCUCAGAGAGCUGUACACUGUUAAGAGCGCUCCUGUGGUUUGUGCAGGAGGGUGUAGGGGUGACACCGGGGUGCACCGGGUUGAGGAGAAGGGAGGCUGGGGCGACACAGAGGAUGUGACGGUGGGAGCGGAGGACGGAUAUGUUACGUUGACCGAGCGGCUGUAUGAGAAACGCUCCGCAAACGACGGGAGAGAGCGAAACGGUGUGAGUGCAGACGCCACACAGCUGCCCGGGACGUCUCCGCUUAAAGACGCCGGGCAGAGCGCCUCCUCCUCGGGCCACACGCAGUCGCUAAGCGGCGCCCGCUCCAGACUUGCUCGUAGCGUCGACGCAACGUUACCAUACGAGGAGGACGGCAAGUCCAGUCGGGAGAAAGUUUUCCCCGACAGCUCGACAGAUUCCAGGGGGCUCCGGGUUCUCUACGGACUGCACCAGGGAGAUGGACACCGGCAGCCCUCGACCGGGACUGUGGAGGACGGUGCCGUGGACUUCUCUGGGGAGGUGGAAGAGGCGGAUCCGCCGGCGAGCCUGCCCGUCGGCAGCUCUUCUCCGUGGGGGAGCCCACCGCCUCGGGUGCCCCCCUCAUGGAUGACCGCCCUGUACUUCAGCGGGCGUCGGGAGCAGCUGAAGAUGAAGCCGGCUGCAAGGGUGGAGCUGCCGAGAGACAAGUUCAGCCUGGAGCUGUGGGUGAAGCCCGAAGGAGGGCAGAGCAACCCAGCAGUCAUAGCAGGUGUAUUUGACAACUGUUCCCAUUCACUGAGUGAGAAGGGCUGGUCUGUAGGUAUUCGCACCGUGGAACCAGACGGUACCAAAGACGCAAGGUUCUACUUCACGCUUCGGACGGACCGAGCCAUAAAAUCUACCACUGUCUAUAGCCACCACCGAUACCGCGCCGGUGCCUGGACUCACCUGAUGGCCACUUACAACGGCCACAACAUGACCCUGUAUGUUGAUGGAGCUAAGGUGGGAGAAAGCAAUCUCCAGUCAGGGAAUCUGUACAGUCCCUACAUGAGGACCUGCAGGACCCUCUUCCUCGGCAGUAACCAAUCAGAUCAGGGACCCAGUUUCAGGGGCCAUAUAGGGGGUGUGGUUUUGUGGGGCUACGCCCGCUCUCAUGAGGACCUGCUGAAGCGACCACUUCAAAUCGACAAGAGUGAGCCGGUCCUGGCGAUGUGGGCUGACUUCACUAAUGUGGAACAACAGUGGAUGCCUCAUAAAGUUGGCCUCCAUCCGAGCAUCAUCACCACUCCUGUCCCUGAAGAAGAACUUGUCUCCUCAUUCCUGCCGCCACCCUGCGGCCUGACACCCUGCGACAACACCGACAUCAUCUUAGGCUACAACAACAACUGGCAGCUCCGUGCCCCCAAGCGAGUUCGCUACCGGAUCGUCAACCUCUCCAAAGACGACGGCCGAAACCCCACCGUGUCGCAAGCCCAGAUCGAACUCCAGCACCAGGCUCUGACUGAGGCCUUUCGCCCCUACAACAUCACCCUGGAUCUGAGCGUGCACACUGUCAGAAACUCCAGCCUCCAACAGAGGUUUAUCCUCAGCAACUGCCGAAUUGGAAAGAUUGGGAAUCGCCAAUGUGACCCCGAGUGCGACCAUCCAAGAACGGGCCACGACGGGGGGGACUGCCUCCGACUGGGGCCCUGCUACAACUGGAAGAGACAGGAUGGGGUUUGUAACAUGGAGUGCAACAGCAUACACUACGACUACGAUGACGGAGACUGCUGUGACCCAGAGAUCACUGACGUCCUCAAGACCUGCUUCGAUCCCGAGUCCCCUGACAGGGCCUACAUGAGUGUGAAAGAGCUAAAGGAGGAGCUACACCUGAGCGGCACUGACACACUCAAUGUUUUCUUUGCCAGCAACUCAGUGCGUGAAGAGCUGGCAGGAGCUGCAACUUGGCCGUGGGCAAAGGAGGCUCUUACCCACCAAGGUGGGAUGGUGCUGAACCCAGCCUACUUUGGCACAAUGGGCCACCACAACACCAUGAUCCAUGAGAUGGGACACAUCUUUGGCCUGUAUCAUGUCUUCAAAGGCGUGAGUGAGCGGGACUCCUGCGAUGACCCAUGUCAGGAGACCACCCCGUCCAUGGAGACAGGAGACCUAUGUGCCGACACCGCCCCGACACCCAAAUCUAAAGCCUGCCGCGACCCUGGAGCUGUGAACGAUACCUGUGGAGUCACCACGUACCAGGACACACCUUAUAGCAACUACAUGAGUUACACAGAUGACAACUGCACAAACCAUUUCACUCCCAACCAAGUGGCUCGGAUGCACUGUUAUCUCGACUUGGUCUACCAGAAGUGGCUAAUGGACCGUCAACCCGCCCCCAUCCCUCUGGCCCCCAUCGUAACUGACCAGAGCCCAGAUUCUGUCUCUAUCUACUGGCUGCCACCCAUGAGAGGACCACUUUAUCAAAGCUCCUCACUCCAUGUGUCUGCCGUCAACUGCGGAGACUGUGAGAAAGAUGGCGUUUUCCACCAGUACGCCCACGAGGCCACCUCUCCUCGCAUCUGUGACACAUCAGGCUACUGGACACCGGAGGAGGCAGUUGGCCCACCUGAUGUGGAGCAGCCCUGUGAUCCCAGUCUCCAGGCGUGGAGUCCUGAGCUCAGCCUUUACGACACUAAUGUGACAUCACCUUGCCCCGACACGGAGGGCUGCACCCUGACUCUGAGAUUCCUUCACCCCAUUGUCCCGCAUGCACUCACCCUCUGGGUCACCUACAUCUCUUCCAACAACCCAGCCAUAGCCAACGUAGAGCUGAUAACUGAUACGGGCAAAAGCAUUAACCUUGGACCCCAGCAUGUCUUCUGUGACAUGCCCCUCACCUUGCGGCUUGACACUCACAGUGUCGCCAUCGCCGCAAUAAAACUCUGCACCUUUGAUGAGAAGAUGGAGAUCGAUGCAGCCAUGUUGUCCUCAGGCACCAGCAGCCCGCUGUGCUCUGGCUGCCAGCCUCUGCUGUACUGGAUUCAGCGGCAGCCGCCCUUCACCGGCAAACCCUCAUUGCCCCAGACUCAGCAGACAUUCACUGACAGCUCUGUAACGCAGGGAGUUGAGUACCAGUACACAAUCCAGGUGGAGGCGGACGGUCUCCUCAGCGAUCCCUCCUCACCUCUCCUCUACACCCAUGGGCAGUCCUACUGUGGGGAUGGCCACAUACAAGGGACAGAAGAAUGUGAUGACAGUAAUCUGCUGGAUGGUGACGGCUGCUCUAAGAAAUGUCAGAAGGAGAUGGGCUUCAACUGUAACGGUGAACCCAGUCAAUGUUAUGUUUUUGAUGGUGACGGUGUAUGUGAGGAGUUUGAGCGGGGCUCCAGCGUUCAGGACUGCGGUUACUUCACACCUGUGGGCUACACGGACCAGUGGGCAUCCUCCGCCACCGCUUCCCACCAGGACCCCAACCACUGCCCUGCCCACGCCGCCACCGGGGAGCCGGCACUCACCAAGCUCUGCAGGUACCAGCACCUGGACGUGAGUGAGAAACUGCCCAGCGACGCCUGGUUCCCCUGCACAGCCCCGUCCGACACAAACAAUGACCUGGAACAUUCAUUCUGGCUGAAGGUGGGAUUCGUCAAUCCUGGAGUGGCAGCCUCUGUAAUGGUGUACCUGGCUUCAGACGGGUCGUGGUCUGGAGAGCAGUGUCGGAGGACAGCCACCCUCUUUCUGUCUGAUACUACUGGCAAAAACCACUCACUAGGGACGUAUGACCUCUCGUGCCACCGGAACCCGUUGGUGGUGAAUGUGACCCACGACCUCUCUCAGCCCUUCUUCCUCACGUCCUCCAUCAUCCUCCUCUUCUCCUCCCGCUCUGUGGCAGUGGGAGGCGUGGCUCUGAGGACCUCCUGUCACUUCAGCACCUUCGCCCUGACCGGCUGUUUGCGGCAGCCGUGUCAGACGGAGAGCUGCAGCCCUCCUCAGCUAGAGCACGCGUCCGUCAGGUGUACGGGAGGAGGGGAGGCCUCUCGCUGCUCCGUUCAGUGUCACCGUGGUUUCAGUAUCACUGUCCUCAAUGGCAGGGUUCCCCCGCCCCAUCAGAGAGAAGCAGAGCUGGAGUGUUUCCAUGGUUCGUGGGAUCGUGCGGUCAGCUGUCAGCCUGUAGACUGCGGCCUGCCCGAUCAGUCUCACGUCUACCACGCCAUAUUCAGCUGCCCCGGGGGAACCACCUUCGGCAAACACUGCUCCUUCACCUGUGGAUCGCCAGCCAUACUACAAGGUGACAGUGACAGGUUGGUGUGUUUGGAAGACGGUCUGUGGUCUUUCCCAGAGGCUUACUGCAAGAUAGAGUGUCCAGAGGUCCCGAGCAUACCCGAUGCCAAGCUGCUAACAGCAGACUGUACGGCCUCGGGGCACGAUGUUGGCUCCGUCUGCCGUUACAAAUGCAACCCAGGCUUCUAUGUAAUAGGGAGCCUCAAAAAGAAGACACCAAGGAAGUACUUCAGGUUGGAGUGUCUGAAAGGGGGUCAGUGGGAGGAAACCGGAUGUGAGCCGAUAUCCUGUCCAGCCCUGCCGGACGUAUUCCAGGGCAUGUAUACCUGCACCAAUGGCCUGUACUACGACACCGUCUGCACCCUGCAGUGCUCGGACACUACGGAAAAUAGCGAGAUUCGCUGCACUAAAGACGGGAGAUGGACGGCAGAGUUCACCAUGUGCUCCAGGCUCCAGGGAUCCUGCUCCGGCCCCUCUGAUCUCAACUCUGUGGAGUACAGCUGUGACCAGGGGAUGGAUGUUGGUGCUGUUUGCUACCCAACAUGCAUUGUGGCUCUGGACAUGGAUCUGCGUGACCCUGUGGUUCUGCCUAAUGGCACCACAGCUGACUCUUUAAAGCACUGGAUGCUGCCCACCAGAGUCCAGAGCAUAGUCUGUACAGGGAUGAUGAAGUGGUACCCUGACCCUCAACACAUCCACUGCAUCCAAUCAUGUGAGCCCUUUGGAGGGGAUGGCUGGUGUGACACCACCAACAACCGGGCCUACUGCCAGUAUGACGGAGGAGACUGCUGCCCGUCCACACUCUCCACCAGAAAGGUCAUUCAGUUUGGGGCGGACUGCAAUCAGGAUGAGUGCACUUGCCGUGAUCCGGACGCCGAGGAGAAUAAGAGCAAAGCCAAGCAGUUGGAAGGAGGAGGAGGAGGAGGUGGAGCUGGAGGAGGUGGAAUGCAAUAAGAUGGAGGAAUGAAAGAAGCUGAACCGCAGAGUACACACCACAACAAACAAACAAAAAAAACAUUCUUUUUUUUUUUUUUUUAAACAUUUUAUAAUGUGAAGAAUGCGACUGAAAUCAGACUUCAUACAAUAAAAGGCCAUUUUCAUCUUUAUCAGAAGCGAUCUUGCUCAUCACACACCAGCCAUGAUGGUUUAAAAUCUGAUUCUUGUGUUGAACGCAGCCAAAUAACUUGCACACAUGGACAGUGUUUUCCUCUCCUGUUAACGAGUUAAGGGUUUUCCAGACUGCCGCGUUUGAGAAAAUGACAUUUUGAAAAUGAGGAGACCGACUGAGAAAACCAUGAGGUCUAGUUCAAAUGAGGUUAAAAGGCAGUUUAUCCACUGCUGUACAAAUCAAGUCAUCAUAAUUGGAUCGAAUCACUGUAAAUGGAUUCAAGUACUUCUCUGGACUUGAUUAGCCUCGGGAUAAAGAAACCAAAAGAACUGGCUGUGCCUGUUAAGGACAUGCACAGACCUUACAGUAAGGGCUACUGCUGCUUAACGUGUUCGCUGUAGCAUCCAGUUAGCUAUCUUAGCGUCUCACAGAAUUAUUUCAGCACCACGUUUAAAUCGUACCGAAGCCAAAACACAUCUCUCACUCAAGUUGAAUGACAGGCUCCUCAAAAACCCAACGAGGACUAGUCAGAUCAAAUCAAAGCCAAAUGGCCAAAGGAGAAGCGGCAUCUAAUUUCUAUUCCACUACACGGAAAUAUUACCUCAAAACCAAAUCCCCUCUGUCUUCAUGGCAGAACAAAAACAAAAAAAAGAAGAAAAAGAAAAAAGAAAAGUGAUACUAAUACUGACAUGACGUAUAAUCUUCAUCAUCGUGCACCAGAUCCUUCUACAUGAAGCUGUAAGAGGAUACAUAUCUGUAAAGACUAACAUGUAUAGACUAAUAUAUUUGGAUCACCUAACAUAUCUACUAGAUCACGUAUUAGUCGCACAAGUCAACACUAUUUAUAUCUCAACUCCAGUAAUACAAACAUUUAUUUGUACCACACAGCAUGUGCACAGGGCUUUCCAAAAGGGACAUGUUUUUUUUUGACGAUUGUAUUUACACACACACACACACACACACACACACACACACACACACUCUAACACACACACACACACACACACAAAAAAAAAAUCUUGUUGGAUGAGUUAUGUCGUCCGUAUCUAACAUCAUAUCUAAUUGGGAAAAAAAACAAAAACAAACAAACAGCAGAGUACAGUUCAAACUGCAUAAUGUCAAAAGGGAAGUUCUUAAAUAUCUUGAAUUUCCACAGCAGGAGGAGAUUGUCAGGCUGCUUCACAAAUCAGUCAACAAGGAGUCCAAUUGAAAAGAUGCCAAAAAUAUAAAGAGUUGUUGUGAAGUUCAGCACGGGACGUCGGCUCUCUCCUGCUUGCAUGUUUGUGUGUCAGAAAGGUUCUGGUAUCCACUAGAAAAGAAAUCCCAAGUAUCCCAUCCAAAUAUUGUAUCUAUAAAAGUGUACUCAUGUUCUUUGUGAUAUUUUACAGUACUUUAUACUCUAUAUGAAAUAAAUAGCAACUUUAUAUUGACCCCUAUAAUUUGUUUCCUGGCAGUUUGUUUGAUUCACGUUCACUGGCUCGGGACGUCGCCUGUGUGGAUUUCUGUGCGUGAGCACGUGUGUUUGGAUAACCCCACAGAGAGAGGCUGGCUUUUAAUUUGAAAUGACAGAAUAACUGAAUCACCCCGAAGGAGGAUUUGAGCGCGCUCUGCGUUGUGUUUCGA